UAAGCAUGUCAUCAACUUAUCUCAUAUUGCAUCCGGUAAAAAUUCUGUUGUGUUUACAAAAUACAAACUAAUUUGAUAUUUGAUCAGUUGUCGAAGUUUCCGUGUUUUCGGUUAUUCAUUUCAGUUAAUUUCAAAAACUUACGAAAUGGAUUUGAAAUGUGUAUCGAAUAUUAAAUGUGACCAAGGAGCGAUACGCUCUGUCAGGUUUAAUGGUAAAGUACUAAAUGGAUGGUGAAUAUUGCCUUACUUGUGGUAGUGACAAGAAAAUUAAACUCUGGAAUCCAUUCAAGGAAUUAUGUUUGAAAACCUACGCUGGUCAUGGAGACUGUGUAAUGGAUGCAUGUGGAUCAUGUGAUAGCAGUGAAUUAGCAUCAUGUGGAGCUGAUAAAUCAGUUGUACUAUGGGAUGUGUCAGAUGGGAGAGUGAAACGCAGAUUACGGCAGCAUGCCGCUGCGGUGAAUUGUGUUGAAUAUAACGAAGAUUCUUCAGUUGUGGUGUCAGGAUCAAAUGAUAACACUGUUUGUUGUUGGGAUACUAGAAGUCGUAACAAUAGCCCAAUACAAGUUUUAAAAGAAGCCAAAGACAGUAUUACUAAAGUAUUAGUGAUAGGCCAUCAAAUUCUAACGGGUUCCUUGGAUUGUUUUUUAAGAACUUAUGACAUAAGAAUGGGAAAUUUAGAUGCUGAUUUUAUUGGAAAGCCAAUAUCAUGUAUUAGUUCAACACAAGACAAUAUGUGCACUUUAGUUAGCUGUACAGACAGUACAUUGAAGUUAAUGGAUAGACAAAAAGGAGAAUUAUUGAAUGAGUACACAGGUCAUACAGUCGGUGAUUAUUUUAUUGAAAACUGUGUAUUUCAUAAUGAUAGCAUAAUAAUAAGUGGAUCAACCUGUGGACAUCUGUGGUGUUGGGACUUUGUCAGUGCAAAACUUAUAGAGAAGUUAAGACCUAAUGACAAUAUUUCAUACACGCAGUCCAUCAAUUCAAUUAGUACACACCCCAGUAAAAAAGUACUAGUCGCAUCAUGUGGGCCUUGUAUUAGUCUUUGGUCUGAAUAACUAUUAUUCACUUCAUAUGUAAUUGAAACACGGUUCAGAGUAUUCAAAAAGUCGAUCAUUUGUGCUCUUCCGACUAGUAAUAUCUUUUGGUGUAUCGCCUGUACCGUUUGG